AUGUUGAUAAGAGUAUUAAAUACUUGACAAAUCUCCCUUUAAGGUACAUUUCGAACAGAUAAAAAAAUGUGCGAUGAAAUGUUUUAAUCGAUUGACAGCCCUACAUUUUUCUUAAAAAAAACUUUUUGUAUCACGAUGUUGCCAAAGAUUUGUUGUUUUGAUAUAUUGAAGGUUAAUGUGACAAGAUAUUGUUCAGUAUGGUAAUUGACCCGAGCUGCAGGAACUAAUUUGUAGGAUUGGAGCUGCUUAUAAAUUAAGUAUUUGCAGCCUCUUGUAAAGUGGAAAGUAUUGUCACAUUGCAAGUUGUUUUUUUGGCAUGGAGUUUAUGUUUUAUGUUUUGUUGGAAGUAGAAUAUGUCAUAAACCUUUUAAUGGCUUUCAGUGAAAUUUGGUGGAAAGUUGUGCUUGUGGUGGAGAUUUCAGAUAUUAAAAUGAUCUACAUGUGAAAUGAAUAACGUCUGCUUAAAGUUAAGACUUUGCUUGCAUGACAUUUCUGCACAAAUCCAUCCAUCUCUCUUUCUCUGUGUCUUUUCUGCUGAUGCUGGACUCUGGUUCAGGUAUUUCUCACCCUGUUGAGACGCAGAGACGAAGGACGAGGAUCCCGUCGGUGCCUGGGAACCUGAGGGAUCCUGGACAGGCAGAGAGGAGACAGACAGAGGGAGGACAGGGAGAACCACCGGGGUGAUAAUGCUGUGAGGAGAGCUGCUCAGGGAAAGCUAAAUCAGGUCGUUUUUAUUCUCGUCUGAAUCCUGAAAGCGUCCUGUGCAGGAUCUGGUCUGGUCUGACGGGACUCUGCAGCACCAUGGGAGCCUCCAGUGACAAGGCGUCUCUCCUCUCAGGGCUGCUUGUGUUCAUGCUGUGUGUCGUCUCGUCUCUCUGCCAGGAGGAAUAUUCUGGAUACCACUCAGGUGAGGAACACACCCAUGAAGGCUCCGUGGUCGACCGCUACGACAGCUUAGCCUCUCCUCAACCAGAGUAUCCACCUGAGCCGACUCACAGCUACGACGAGGACCAGAGGCCAGAGGAGGAAGACUACGACCCCUACGGCUCUGAACCCACCGAGGUCACCAUGAUCACCGAGGACGCCUUCCCCUACGCCACCACCACCGAGUCCCACUACGCCAAGGAGGACACAGAGACCAUGCAGGUCCCGUACGAGUAUCCUCCAGAGGGACCAGACACCAGCUCCUCGGAGGAGUCUGGGGGCGACGCUGCUCUCGGCGAGGAGGGGCCGACAGAGUGCGACUGUGAACCCGGACAGCCGGGAUUCGCUGGCUUCGCCGGACCAAAGGGAUCCAGAGGUCUGCAGGGUAAAACUGGUGAACCAGGAACUCAAGGCAGAGAGGGUUAUAAAGGAACCAAAGGGGUUCGGGGGAGAGGAGGAGACGCCGGACCAGUGGGCAACGUCGGACCUGAAGGAGAUGACGGAGGUUCUGGUUUCUCUGGAGCCAUGGGAGAACCUGGACUUAUAGGAGACCUAGGCGAGCUCGGAGAGCUGGGACUGAAGGGUGACGUCGGUAUGGAGGGACCCCGCGGAGGAGUUGGAGGUCCUGGUGAGACUGGCCCUCAUGGUGACGAUGGACCUCCAGGACCAAAGGGAGGUAGCGGUAUCAAGGGGUCUCGUGGUGACGAAGGCAAAGAGGGUCCUGAGGGACGAGACGGACUGAAGGGUCAGAUUGGAGCUCCCGGGUUUCCAGGUGACGUCGGCGACAGCGGAUACACUGGUUAUACUGGACAGCCGGGAUCCAUCGGACCCAAUGGACCAAAGGGCACCGAAGGUCACGGCGGCCUGCCGGGCAGUGACGGUGACCCCGGAGAAGAUGGUCCUAUAGGAGUCCCGGGUGUGAUUGGAGAGCCUGGACUGUUUGGAUCCAAGGGCAGUAAGGGGGAUGGUGGUGUGAAAGGACCUCGAGGCAGAGUGGGCGCCGGGGGAGCUGAAGGAGAGCUAGGAGAUGCCGGCGUACCGGGGAAACCAGGACCAAAGGGCCUGCAGGGCAACACUGGGGCCAAAGGUGAGACGGGACCUGAUGGUGACCAGGGUGCAACAGGGAAGAAGGGCAUUAAAGGUGUGAAAGCACAAAAGGGCAGUGUGGGAGGCCACGGAGACAAAGGACAGCGUGGACCAAAAGGUGCAGUCGGUCGUAACGGCGUCCCCGGCCCCCUGGGACCGCCCGGCGUCCCGGGUACCAGAGGAGAGCGCGGUGGGAUCGGUGACCUCGGUGUUAAAGGUCAAGCAGGACCCAAAGGAGUUCCAGGUCCCUCUGGUCCUGGUCUGACUGAUGAGCAGGUCCUGCAGCUCUGCAGGGGCGUGGUCACGGCCCAGAUCUCCCAGUACGCCUCCUCCAUCCGGGCCAAGUGCUCCCAGGGCUGCCCCGUCAACAACCGGACCCUCAUCGGACCCCCGGGAGGACAAGGACUGUCUGGAUCAGCGGGCAAACCGGGAAAAGCAGGAAAAGCCGGAGCUAAAGGAGCCAGAGGUGCUCAGGGUGACCGAGGACUGGAGGGACAGGACGGAGCUCCGGGUGACAGAGGUUCAAAGGGACCUAAAGGACGUGCAGGUGAUUCAGGUAAAGGACUGGCAGGACCCGACGGACCACAAGGCCUCAGAGGUGUGCCAGGUCACCCAGCAGAACCCAAAAACGGCAUGGAGGGUCCCCGAGGUCCUCGUGGUUUCCCCGGUCCAGUUGGUCAGUCCGGCAUGCUCGGAGUUGCCGGCGUGCCAGGAAUUUGCGAGGCGAGGGACUGCAGCAUUCAUGCGCCGGUGUUGCGCAAAGAGCAAGGUCUGGUGAAAGGCCCGGUCAGUUCAAAAAUCUGAACAAAAGCGCAGAGCAUCAAGCACCGCCGUCAGAUUAUAAAAAGGUUUGAGAUUCAUCUGGUGGCAACUUCAAGGUUCGUCUCUUUGAAUUCCAGCUGCCAUUA